CACACCCUCAUACACGGAGACAUCUAGCCAUGAAGAUGCAAUCCAACCAUGACUCCCUCUUCAUCAUGCUCGCAACCCUAUAUUCCGUACUCGUUCUCUCCUCUUCACAAGAUUUCGAUUUCUUCUACUUAGUUCAAGAGUGGCCGGGAUCACACUGUGACACUGAACAAGGUUGUUGCUACCCAACCACCGGAAAACCAGCUUCGGACUUUGGAAUCCAUGGACUUUGGCCUAAUUACAACGAUGGCUCCUAUCCCUCGAAUUGCAACUCUAGCAACUCUUUCGAUGCAUCUAAGAUUUCCGAUCUUAUUAGCCGAAUGCAGUUGGAGUGGCCAACAUUAUCGUGUCCAAGCAAAGAUGGGCUAAAAUUUUGGGGUCACGAGUGGAAAAAGCAUGGGACUUGUGCGGAAUCUAUACUCGAUCAACAUGCUUAUUUUGAAACCACUCUUAAACUCAAAAACAAAAUCAAUCUCCUCCAUGCUCUAGAAGGCGCAGGAAUUCAACCGAAUGGGCAAAUGUAUAGUCUUGAAAGCAUAACGAGCGCGAUUCAAGUGGCGAGUGGCUACACUCCACGGAUCCAAUGCAAUAAUGACACGUCAGGCAACAGUCAAUUGCACGAAAUCUCCUUGUGUGUGGACUCGAUGGCAUCUGACUUCAUUGAAUGCCCCGUUUUGCCUAAUGGGCGUAGUUGUGGUUCCUCCGUCGAGUUUCCUUCCUUCUAACUUUAAUGUUUUAAUUCGUUAAUGUAAGAACUUAGAUGUAGCACCA